AUGCAACGGUCUCUAAACAACCGUCGUCACAUGGAUGAUAAUCAUUCAAAUGGUGUAACCAAUGAAGACAUGGCCAUCAAUCCACUACAAACCCAGAUGGAACUGUCUUUUAUAUGGGAGGACUUCCAAGACCAGUUCUGUGAGCUCCGUCAGACAAUUAAUCGAGACUUGGAUGCAAUGAACCAUGAGGUCGAUGACGUUCGUGUUGGUCAGUUGGAUAUCUCAAAUGUCGUUGCUGAUCUUAAAAAUCAUUUCGUUUCUCUACAAGGAGCAUAUGUGAAGAUGUCUUCCAGCACAACAAACUUAAGAAGCUGA